AUGCUCAACAGUCGACCAAAGCUCACCACUCCCACCUAUCAAAAUGCUGACAAAGGAGAAACACUUUCGGGAGCUUCCAAGGAGCAACAACAACAAGAACAGAAUUUGAAAAAACUCGAACAAAUGUACAAACAUAAAUUCAGUUGGAUGGAUGAUAAUGUCGAUAUCCGCGAUGAAUGUCCCAUGUGUAUGAUCUACAUCAAUUCACCUUGCUAUGAUUCUUUUAUGGAGUAUAACAAGGCCGAUGAUGAUAAAACAGAAUUCAAGACCUCUCUCCGAGAAUUGUCGGAAGUGUCCAAGGACAAGGAAAUGGAAUACAAAUUGUAUGUCAAGAAGGCUGAUCUUGCUUGGGAUCGUUUGAUGAAAUGUGUAACUCCAAUUCAAUCCACGUUUUUGCAGAGGCAAGACGAGUUACAGACUUAUAUGAAAUCGGUCAAGAAUUUUGAAAAGCAAGUCUUCCAAGACAAUUGA